AUGAGACCAACCUACGCCGGAGUCCUUGCAGCUCUGAUUGCAACAAGCUUCGCAGCUCCGACGAACAUAUCCUGCACUGCUUCGAAGCCCGUCUGCAAGGAGCUGGUGUUACCCAUCACUGCAGCGGCGAACAACACAGCCUUCCCCGCGUACCCGACCUCGACUGAACCAGGUGUUCUCUUUGAGUGGCUCGGCAGCUUUAAUGCUUCGACCCUACCCAAUGCGCCAGUCGAGGGCACCUUCAACAUCAGUGCAUUGUACUGCGAGCCGACCGUCAAGGAGUACUGGAAUGGCGAAAACUACCCAAAUUCUUCGUUCUAUGGCGAAUACUCUUGGAUCUACCACGCCGCCUCGCAAGGCUAUGCAACUCUGGCAAUCGACAACCUUGGCAACGGCCACUCCUCGCGUCCCGACCCCGUUCAGAUCGUCCAGACGCCGCUCCAACUGGCCGUCGUCUACGAGAUUCUCAGAAGCAUCCGCGCAGGCUCUCUCUCAGGAAUUCCGAAGUACGACAAGGUCAUUAUGGGCACACAUUCCUACGGGUCCAUCAUUGGUCGCGUCCUCGCAACAAUCUUCCCCACUUCAGGAGCGGAUGCAUACAUCCUGACUGCUACAGCUGCAGAACUCACCGGCCUGAAUGGAUUCAUUGCCGAUAUUGCGCCCCGAGCCGCCACAGCCGUGGAUCCGCGAUUCAAAGGUCUAGCACCUGGAUACCUCUCCGCCACUAAAGACAUCCGCCAAGUCCUCUACGGCCCCGAUGGCGGCUUCAAUCCAGCGGUAGUAGCGUGGGACGCCGCUUCUCCCCACAUGUUUGCAGCCGGGGAGAUAGCAGGUUCUGGUUCUACUCAGUCGUCGACCUUUACGGGUCCCGUGAUGAUCAUUUCGGGGAGGCAGGAUCAGAUCGCUUGUGGUUCGGGCAGUAUUUCUGAUGUCCCCGCGGUUGAUUGUGGCGUGGGACCCGAAAGCCACAUUGAGCAGACCAGGAGCCUUUUCCCAAAUGUGGAACAAUUUGUGGCAUAUGUCCCAGACAACACGGGGCAUAAUGUCAACACGCAUUAUUCUGCACCAGAGAGUUUUGGUGCUGCGCAUGCUUGGCUUCAGGGUGUAGGAUUCUAG